GCACCCACUGCAAGCUAGCCACUGCUGUUGUUAUCGACGUGCAAAUCAUAGAGCUGAAAUAAUAAUCAAUCUAGUGGAAUAGUAAUGCAUUUUGAAGUGUGAUACGAAUAACUCAAAUCGGAGACUGCGUUAGGUACACCUCAGUUAAAACAUCUAAUUUUGAGUUCAUAUAAGGUACUUUUCUUUAUGCUCGCGGGGUUCUGUUGUGAAGUCAAGUUGAUCUGAGAAUGGGCUGUGCAGUAUCGGGACCGGGUCUAGCCUCUAAAUCGUCAGAAGAUCCGAACGAAGAGGAAGCUUCUGCUGCGACUUUAACGGAUCACCAGAUCGAACUGAUCAAAGAAUCGUGGAAACUGAUCCAAGAGGACAUCGCCAAAGUUGGCAUCAUUAUGUUUGUAAGGUUGUUUGAGACCCACCCAGAAUGUAAAGACGUCUUCUUCCUCUUCAGAGAUGUUGACGAUCUUCAGAGGCUGAGGACGAGCAAAGAGCUCAGGGCUCAUGGGCUGAGAGUGAUGUCUUUCAUUGAGAAGAGCGUGGCCAGGAUUGACCAGACAGAGCGUCUUGUGCAGCUAGCCAUGGAGCUGGGGAAGAGCCACUACCGGUACAACGCUCCCCCAAAAUAUUAUGGGUAUGUGGGGACAGAGUUUAUCUCUGCUGUUCAGCCAAUUCUAAAGGAGAAGUGGACCCCAGAAGUGGAGGAGGCCUGGAAGGCCUUGUUCACGUAUGUGACUAGAAUCAUGAAGCAAGGUUACCAGGAGGAAGAAAGAAACAAACAAACCAACACUGUCGCCUCCAGUAAAGAGCGGCUUGAGAAAAGACCCAACGCCCUUUAGCCAACAGAACUGUACAGUGCCUUGCUAGAAGGAAGGGUGACCGUGGAGACCGCUUACAGUAUUUGCAAGGAAGUUUGGUACCGUAUGUAAGAUAUUUGACCAGGAAAACAAAUGCAACUUUGUGUUUACAAAGGUGUUUACACAACAGCUGCAUUCAUUUUAUAUACAGUACAGGGUGCUUUAAAAACAGCCAUAGGAACAUUAUUAGAGAACAUGUCUUUUCAGUUUCAGGUUUACAAGUGGUGGACAGCAUUGCUUUUUGGCUUAGACCUGUUAUUUGUCAUGGAAGGCCUCUGCUGCAGUAUACACAUUUUUCCCAUACCUUGCACACUAGAAAACUAUUUACAAGCUGGUCCUGGAGAAUAGGACACAAAUGUAAAAUUGUUCUUCCUUCAGGAAGAUCUGUAUUUUGUGUUUGAGCAAUAUUUCAGUUGGGAGUCUUGGAGACAGAUUUAAGUUUGUUGCUUUUGGUGUUGGUUUCUAGUAGAAAAUAAAAGCUUGCAUCUUGCACUGGAGCAAAUAUAGCUCUUUAAAAUACAACUGAAAUAACACCAAGACACAGAGAUGUGUUAAAUAGUGUCUUUAUAAUGUAGAAUACAUUGUAUUAAAGGUUUCUAUUAAAUGUGCUUAUAGACUUAUAGAUGGCUAGCUGUCUUUCAUAAUUGUUAUUUUUUUAAUUGUAUAUUCAUUUUAUUAUUUUCUUAAUUGUAUAUUCAUUUUAUUAUUUUCUUAUUAACAUAACAGAUAAUCAACUGUGUUGUAAUUAGUAUAAUACAAUACAUAUAUAUAUUUCAAACACAUGCAACAGUAACAGUGCAGUAUGAAAUGGAACCAUUUUUCAAAGAUUUCCUUGGGUUGUAUUUUUCUACUGUAGCUAUUCUAACCUCCGCAUGUCCUCUACUCACUGACAAUAAGCUGAUAUUAUGACACAUUACCAGGAGGGGUAGCGAAAUGACCCAGUAAUAUAUAGAUUGUAAUGCUUAAUGUUUACACUAAUCAUUGACAUUAUUUGUAAGGUUACUUUUCAUGACCUUAACAUUCAUAAAACCUUUAGGCAAGGUUUUUCAGUCUAUGAAAACAAUAUGACAAAUUAUAUAUUUACUUCUUGACCAAACAUGGGUCUGCUCAUCAGCGUCCUGUAUGAUGCAAGGUAAUCACACUUCUUUAAAAUAUCAAGAAUACAAAUAUUAUUUAGUAUUCCAUUUAUCACACUUUUUGUCUUGCUUGGUUUUGGUGCUUGGCUCUGAAAAUAAGGUUGAGGUUGGGGAAGAAGAGGUCAACUUGAAGCAAAGCACUGACAAAAAGAGGUAGGUUUAAAUGUACCCGACCUGAAUACUAUUGGUACUGUAGCUGCCACCAACGUGUCUACGUGAUUUCUGGUAAUAACUACAAGUGCUUUCAAUCAAUGAUCACAUUGCAGGGGUAUUUCAAGUUUCCCAUCUGACAGUUCACAUUACAUUCAGGUGAUAUAGGGAUGAUCCCGAGUUAGUAAUGUACUAGCUUGUACCCAAGCAAUUGACCCUGUAAAACCAUUUUUACUUUCAACUUGCCCUGUAUGAAAUUAAGCAAGAUCUUAGGACACUACAGCUUGUCUUAAUGCCCAUUUCAUUUCAUAAAAUAUAGAAUAGGACACAUACCAUGCAGUGGAUU